UAAAGAGGCGGGCGGCGGCGCACACGUCCUCCCGUUUCAUGCGCGGGUGGCCCGGGAGCAGCAGCAGCAGCAGCAGCGAGAGGAGCCGAAGGGGCCCAUGGCCAGCUACAAGGCCGCCGACUCCAAGAGGGAGCAGUUCCGGCGUUACCUGGAGAAGUCCGGCGUGAUGGACACCCUAACCAAAGUGCUGGUGGCGUUGUACGAGGAGCCCGAGAAGCCCAGCUGCGCCCUCGACUUCCUGAAACACCACCUGGGAGCCGCGGCUCCGGAGAACCCCGAGGUGGAAGUCCUCCGCCUGGAGGUGGCCGAGAUGAAAGAGAAGUAUGAAGCCCUCCUGGAAGAAAACCGGAAGCUGAAAGCCAAGCUGGCCCAGUACGAACCGCCGCAAGAAGAGAAGCGGGGAGAAUAAGCCUUGUACAUGUCUCAAUAAAAGAUCUUAAAGGACGGGUG